CUCGCUGUUUGCCGGACGAGUCCAACCCCGUGUGCUUUAUUUAAAUAAGAACAAAGGCGGGGGUCCGGGUGACAGAAUCCGGCGCACCCCUCCAACUCCGUCGCAUGUUUGCUGACGUCCCGUAAUCGACUUCGCCGUGAAGUCUCCGGGGCCGAAGGCCUAGAGACUUUUUUUUUUUUUAAAGUAACGCGUAGAUUUCCCCCCCCCGUCUCUGAUGCCUGGAUCUCGGUGCCGUCCUGUGACCGGGUGCGAGCCGAUGAAGCACUUUAUUCUGUGAUCGAAGCGGAAACGGUUGGGAAACGUCAGCCGGCUAACUGUAGCUACCGCUAACUGCCAGCGAGGAAGUGAGGGACGAGAAAAUGACAUCUCGGAGGUGGUUUCACCCCAACAUCACAGGUGUGGAGGCUGAGAACCUGCUGCUGACCCGAGGAGUGGACGGGAGCUUCCUGGCCCGACCCAGUAAGAGCAACCCGGGAGACUUCACCCUGUCGGUGCGGCGAAAUGGCGCCGUCACCCACAUCAAGAUCCAGAACACGGGGGACUACUACGACCUGUACGGGGGGGAGAAGUUCGCCACCCUGGCCGAGCUGGUGCAGUAUUACAUGGAGCACCACGGGCAGCUGAAGGAGAAGAACGGCGACGUCAUCGAGCUCAAGUAUCCGCUCAACUGUGCCGACCCCACUUCAGAGCGGUGGUUCCACGGACACCUGUCGGGCCGCGAGGCCGAGAAGCUGCUGACGGAGAAAGGGAAGAACGGCAGCUUCCUGGUGAGGGAGAGCCAGAGUCACCCCGGGGACUUCGUGCUGUCGGUCCGGACGGGGGACGACAAGACGGACAGCAGCGACAGCAAACCCAAAGUCACACACGUCAUGAUCCGCUGCCAGCAUGACCUGAAGUACGACGUCGGCGGGGGGGAGAAGUUCGACUCCCUCACCGACCUGGUGGAGCACUACAAGAAGAACCCCAUGGUGGAGACCCUGGGCACCGUGCUCCAGCUCAAACAGCCCCUGAACACCACGCGGAUCAACGCCGCCGAGAUCGAGAGCCGGGUGAGGGAGCUCAGCAAGCUGGCGGAGGCCACGGACAAGGUCAAGCAGGGCUUCUGGGAAGAAUUUGAGACCUUGCAGCAGCAGGAGUGUAAGCUGCUCUACAGUCGCAAAGAGGGCCAGAGAGCAGAGAACAAAAACAAGAACAGAUACAAGAACAUUCUGCCCUUCGACCACACGCGUGUUGUGCUCAACGACCGAGAGCCCAACGAGCCGGGCUGCGACUACAUCAACGCCAACAUCAUCAUGGUGGUGUCUGCUGUCAUGCCGGAGCUGGACCCAAAGUGCAACAGCACGAAGGUGAAGAAGAGCUACAUCGCCACCCAGGGCUGUCUGCAGAACACCAUCAGUGACUUCUGGAGGAUGGUGUUUCAGGAGAACUCCCGGGUCAUCGUGAUGACCACCAAAGAGGUGGAGCGGGGGAAGAGUAAAUGUGUGAAGUACUGGCCCGACAUGUCGGCGCUGAAGGAGUACGGCGCCAUGCGCGUCCGCAACGUGCGAGAGACGUCGGCACACGACUACAUCUUAAGAGAGCUCAAGCUGUCCAAAGUGGGACAGGGCAACACGGAGCGCACGGUCUGGCAGUACCACUUCAGGGCCUGGCCCGACCACGGCGUGCCCACCGACCCGGGCGGCGUGCUCGACUUCCUUGAGGAGGUCAACCUGAAGCAGGAGAGCAUAGUGGACGCCGGGCCGAUAGCGGUGCACUGCAGCGCGGGCAUCGGGAGGACGGGCACGUUCAUAGUCAUCGACAUCCUGAUAGACGUGAUCAGAGAAAAGGGCGUCGACUGCGACAUCGACGUGCCGAAGACCAUCCAGAUGGUGCGCUCGCAGCGCUCGGGGAUGGUGCAGACGGAGGCGCAGUACCGCUUCAUCUACAUGGCCGUGCAGCACUACAUAGAGACGCUGCAGAGACGCAUCGAGGAGGAGCAGAAAAGUAAGAUUAAAGGGCGCGAGUACACCAACAUCAAGUACUCGUUGUCCGACCUGACCGGAGGGGAGCAGAGCCCUCUGCCCCCGUGUACCCCGAUCCCCACCCCCACCUGCACAGAGAUGAGGGAGGACAGCUCCAGAGUGUAUGAGAACGUGGGCCUGAUGCAGCAGCAGAAGAGCUUCAGAUGAGAUUCACCUUUGACCCCAGUGCUCUAUCAGUUCCGGGAUGUCCAUCCCUGACAGUUUUUUUCGCCAGCCACACCUUGACGCCUGAGACUUGACCGCGAUGCCAUGGAACCACACACACACACGCACACACACACACACACACACACACACACACACACACACACACAGGCGGGAGAGGGUCCUCCGGUCCUCGCUGAGCUCCCAUUGAACGUUCUCCCUCUAGUUGAAUCCUAAACCACUGUGAUGAUCAUCAGAAGAGCCUUUGACGAGUCCUGCUACGCUGACAGGAGGAAGCAGCUCACCUUUGUUCUGUUCAUUAACCAAAGGAAGGCUGGGGAGGAGUUUAAGCCCAGAUGACGGGGGGGGGGGGCGGCAGACCUUUAUUCCCAGAGCAGUUUUCACUACGUUACAGAGAAUACUGCGUCUGCCUGAUAGUGUGACAUCAUCUUUACUCUCUAUUCGUUCCACUUCUAAACAGGAAGUCAGACUUUUUGUGCCAGAACUGCCUUGAAGAGAAUGUUUUCUUGGGGGGGGUUUGUGUCUGUGGGCCGUUCCUGAGCAGCGGCGUCGCCCUUAUUGCUGCUGCUCUUUACUUUAGCAGCGUAACAAUUCCAGCGGCGUUUCCCCAAAGUGACAGCGGAGGAUUUCAAGGGGGGAAAAAAAGCCUUUUUAAGUUGUUUAAGUGCAUUUUUUUUCCCAUUACACUUUGUUAUGUCGUGUUUUUAAAAAAGAUGAAUGCCUUUUGUGUAUCGAUGCCUAUUUUGAGCGCCACAUGUACUUAACUGCUCAGCUGUGGUCCGAUAGAUUGUCAGUGUUGUGGUUAGAGAUUUGUGCCCCCCCCCCCCCCACACACACACACACACACACACACUCUGUUCUGGCCUUUCUGAUACGUCCGUCAGUUCAUCCACGUCGGCCUCGUUGUAACUUCCACAUGAACUCAUGGAGGACGCAACAGAUGCUACGGUCACCUCCUAGCUAAGCAGCUUAGCUUAGCAUAAGGACCAGGCCAGCUGUUUCCUCAUGCUAAGCUAAGAUAAUCGACCCUUUCAUCAAACUCUUGUCAAACCAUUUCCUGUUAAUCUUUAUCUCCUCAGUCCGAUGUCUUUCAGAGACCCCCCCCCCCCCCCCCCGCACAUUUCAACCCUGAGGCCUGGUCCUGGUCUUUGGUCCUGGUCCUGGUCUUUGGUCCUGGUCUUUGGUCCUGGUCCUGGUCUUUGGGCCGUCCCGUCACGCCGCCUUGAGAAGCUCGCAUCCUUUUCUGCUGAGGAAAGGAAAGAAGGAGCCUCCCUCCUCUUGCCUUGAGGGACGGUUCUUCUCAACCUUCACUGACUGCAUUUAAAACUCAGAUAUAUGAAAACAGUGUUCUUAUUUGGGGGGGUUGUUCUUUGGAAACAUUCCUCCCCCCCAGCAGACUGAGGCCCCCGUAGUGCGGUGCACUGUACUCGGUUCUUAUGGUCCAAUCGGAUGAGUCUGUUCUCGUGUCGUGGGGCGCCUGCUUCGUCCUGUGGUUUGUGCGCCGGGGUGUGAGGUUUGAGAGCGUCCCCCCCCCCCCCCCCCGAUGAUGGACUGCUCAUCCGUUGGCGAUGUGCAGAUGCAGAGACGUGCCUUCUGUGCGUCUGCCUCCGUGUGUGUGUGUGUGUGUGUGUGUGUGUCGCUACUCAAAUAAAGACAACACAGCUCUUCAGUUCGUCGCCAUCCAACAAACCUGAAACACUUCAAUGUGAAUUCUGAACAAAGAGGAACUGGUGGCGAUGCAAACAAACUAUAUUUUUUAACAUGUAUAUUGUACAUGAGUACCUGGUAGUAGUACUUACUAAAACAUAUCUACUUGCCAAUAAGAUGUACUGUGUGUAUAUGCCUCCAGCUGUGCGACGCACAGGAAGUGACCUCACAGCGGCAGAGGUUUGUUGUGUGACGUUUAACGCAGUUAACCGUGUUAACUUCCUCAGUAACAAUAAAUGACUCGCUAAGAACGCGUCGCCGUGCGA